CUGCUGUUAGAACUUAGAAGAAUUAUGCUUUGAGGGGAGUCUUUGCUUUUAUACAGGAGUGCUGUUCGUUUGGUUGCCGCAGCUCUGGCGUCUGCGUCUGCGGCAAUAAUUUUCGCACAAAGUUUGUUCGUUUCAUCGACGCAGGUACCGGCGUCUGCGUCUGCGUCUAGACGCAGCGUCCAGCGUCAAGACGCCGAAAAAACUAGCGGUCGCGUCUUUUUUUAUGCGUCUACUUUACCUAUUUACCAAUCCACCCUUAAUUUAAUUUGCUAAUUACCAAAAUACCUAAACCUAUUGACGCAGACGCUUCUCUUCUCCGAUAGACGCCUCAGCUUCUCUUCUCCAGCUCUCUCUCGAUCUCUCGAUCUCAAACGCAGCUCUCUCUCUCUCAUUGUCUCCAUCUCCGACACAGACCGCUCUAUCAUCUCCGGCUCGAGCACUCUCUUCGCCAACACAGACCACGAGCUCUCCCAUGUCCGGCUCGACCUCUCUCUUCUCCGACGCAGACCACGAGCUCUCUCAUCUCUGGCUCGAGCUUUCUCUUUUUCGACACAGACCACGAGCUAUCUCACCUCGACAGAGAUCUCUCGAUCUACCCAUCUCCCAGCUCAUCUCAUCUCAAGCUCUCUCUUCUCCAUACCUUUUCAUGACUCUUCUCUUUCCUCUUGUUAUCAUCUUCCACAGGUCUUCAGAGCUCUCUCUCUUCUUUGCCGCAGCUCGAGCUAUGUCAUCCUCUCUCUCUUCUCCACCUCUCUCAAACUCUCGACCUUCUCUCCAUCUCUCAGGUGGACUCUUCCCAUUAUACUUGUGGUUGUUAGUAGAAAGAGUAGCUGUCAUCUCACUGUUUUUCUUCUUCAUCUCAUUAUACUUCACCAAUGGAGGAAGCUCCCACUCUUCCACAUCCAUGGUUAGUAGUCUUCUGACCGGUGAAAGCCUAUCUGGGGAAGUAUUACUGAACAAGAGAAUCAGAAUCUUGAACUAGAGGUGAGAAGACUGAGACUCGAACUGCAACAGUUUAAGUGUACCAUGGCCCGAGAAACUGUCUCAAGCUCUCCCAAGCUUCUCUCACUCAAGCUCUGUCAAGCUUUUCUCACUCAAGCUCUGUCAAGCUUCUCUCACUCAAGCUUCUCUCAUUCAUAUCUCACACAAGAGUGGAGAACAACACGUAUUACAGUAAACAAGAGACCUGUUGAGAUCGUUUGACUCGCAGCAAAGGCUAAGCUGUUUUGAUUCUAACGUCUUUACACAAACCAGAAGCAGCAAUGUUACCAAAUUAUAACUAAUACAAAUUCAUCAGAAGCAAGCACCCAAUUACACAACUGAAUACUAUGAUUCUACAUUGCAGAUAAAAACUGGUGGAGUCCCAUCUACAAUGGGUUUUUGCUUCAUUAUAUCAACCAGAUUUAACCCAAUUCAACCUAUAAUCCUCUCUUCAUAAUUCGACCAUUUGGAUAUGGCAAAAGCUUCUCUCAGCACUAUUACUUGAUCAAUUACCAUUAUCUUUCUCUUGACGAUCAUGAAAGAACCAGAAUUCAAAAUCAUUAUCUUUAAAACAUAUUUGUCUUAUUUGUUUGAAGUGAUAAUUUCAAAAAUUAAAUGUAUGAUUUUAUCAUAUUACUUUAGUAUAAUUUUUUUAGUAUGAUUGAUUAUGAUUAUAAGUA